GCCGCGGGAAGCGUUCGCGUUUGAAUAUCGAACGUUUUUCGCGCGAACUAUCAUUGGCCAGUGAUAUUUCGUUUUCCAUUUUGAGUUUUGGAAUAUAUUGGAUGACGUGAAGUGUUGAUGAGGUGCGUUUGUUCAGUGUGGAUACAGGGGCUUGCGUGCCUCGCAAUGUUCAGUGUUGUGUAGAAAGUGAAUCUCCGACAAAGGAUUUCAGUGUUAUUGUUGGAUACACCAGCAACAUGUCAGCGACCGCCACACGACAUGUGAAGUCGUCCAAUUCGGCGAACAUCCUUAUGUGCAAACAAUGGUGGAAAGUGUGUUGGAUGUACGGCGACCAAGAGAAAUACUACAGACAGCUUUAUGGCAAACGGAAACUCAACAACAUAAAUACAACAUUCCUAAACUUUGAUGAAGCAGACACCAAAAGGCCAGGCGCACAGAUCACAGAACUUACAGACGAUUUCUUUGAAGAUAAUUGUUCACAAAUAGAACCCGCGCCAGACGAAGUAGACGCUCCGAAAGAUACAACUUUUGGAGCAGAGGCCGACGCUGUCUACGGCUUCGAUUACCAAACUAAGUGGCAGAAAGACCAAAGAAGACAACCCAUACAACAAAGUUACGAUGAAUACAUGAACACUACAGAUCUAGACAAAAUAUUAAAUACAAAUCUCAACGCGGAUAGUAUUAAGAGUAUGUUAGAAAACGGUCUACCUCAAAGAUCUAAAAUUAUUGAUGCAAAGGAAGAAGUGAUAAGAAAUGGGAAUACAGUGGGGAAAAAUUCUAGGACAGUUUGUAGGACGAAAAAGGGUGCGUUAGUUACUGAAGAAACUGAGAUCUCGACUGACGGUCGGACUUUAGCAAACCUAAAGUUUCAGAGGUCUACAGUAAAGACAGGUCCUAACAAAGUGAAAGAAGUGCUUCAGCCGUUGACGGAGGACAAAGUGUUGGAUGAGUGUUCUCGGAAGAAGUGCAUCGGAGACAGACUGACGACCACCACCACCACGCUGGUGACCGUGACGCAGACGUCGAUGACGUCGUGCAAUGAGCCCGUAUGUCGGAACUGCGUGGUGUCACCGACGGGGUCCUCUCCUCCUCCGCUGCACGAGCAGGCCUCCUCCCCCCCACCUCCAGCGCCGGCGUCACCGCCCACGUCACCGAGGCUACUCCCUUCACUUCCAUCACCACAACCCUCGCACAGCGGCUCCUCAGUGCCCAGCCAGUCUAACUCCCCACACCCAUACUCCUACCCGAACUUCAGACGGAGUCAGCCGAUCCAGAACCAGAGUUACCCAGAGUUCGGGCUGCUGCACAGCCACAGUGUGUCGCAGCUGAACCAGCCUGGGCAGAGUUACCAGUCGCCUCAGUCACCGCAAUCAGCAAUGUCGCUGUCUCCCCACCCGGUGCCUCAGGGCAAGUUCCGAGGACUGUUGGAGCACGCGGAGAGGCUGAUGAAGCCCGGAGAUCCUCACCGACACUCGCAGAGUGAUGAUGACUCAGGGUGCGCGCUCGAGGAGUACACAUGGGUGCCGCCAGGCCUGAGGCCAGAACAGGUGCACCUGUACUUCUCAGCGCUGCCAGAAGACAAGGUCCCUUACGUGAACAGCGUGGGGGAGCGUUACCGGCUGAAGCAGCUGUUACAGCAGCUGCCCCCUCAGGACAACGAGGUAACUACCCCUCCUGCAAACCCCAGCUACAAGGUGCGGUACUGCCACGCGCUGUCUGACGAGGAGCGCAAGGAGCUGAGGCUGUUCAGCGCACAGAGGAAGCGGGAGGCGCUGGGCAGAGGACAGGCCAGGCAGCUGCAUGCACCAGCACCCUGCGAUCGGUGCGAGGAGUCGAUGUCAGCGGGAGACAUGUGUGUGUCGGCUGCUCGUGCUGGACCCUCAGCGCGCUGGCACCCCGCCUGCUUCGUCUGCUCCUCCUGCCAGGAGCUGCUGGUGGACCUGGUCUACUUCUGGAAGGACGGCCGCCUCUACUGCGGGAGACAUCACGCCGAGACACUCAAGCCCAGGUGCUCGGCCUGCGAUGAAAUAAUCCUGGCAGACGAGUGCACGGAGGCGGAAGGCCGCGCGUGGCACAUGAAGCACUUCGCGUGCGCCGAGUGCGCGCGUCAGCUCGGCGGGCAGCGGUACAUCAUGCGCGAGGCGCGCCCCUACUGCCUGCCCUGCUUCGACAACUGCUUCGCCGAGUACUGCGACGCCUGCGGGGAGCCCAUCGGCGUCGACCAGGGACAGAUGUCGCACGAGGGCCAGCACUGGCACGCUACAGAGCGAUGCUUUGCUUGCCACACUUGCAGAGCAAGUCUCUUAGGCAGACCUUUCUUACCGAGAAAAGGAGCGAUAUACUGCUCCAUAGCGUGUUCCAAAGGUGAACCACCCACGCCGUCUGACUCAUCAGGUCCUGGACCCAGACCACCACGAGUGCCAAAGCCCAGAAGAAUGCCAUCACCUAAGACCCCGCCUAGAACACCCCCGAGAGAACCCUCACCUCACCACAUAGACGCAGAUUCUGAACCUAGUGAAUCCUUGAUACCAGAGUCGCCCCCACCGCACCCGCCUCCGCCCCCACACGCUUGCCUAAGUCUCGACAGAGCAUUAGCAGAUCUACGUCUAGAACAAUCUAUGACGGAACAUCAAAUACAACCCAGUCCGACAUCUGAGGAACAUAAAAACGAGUCAGCAGACGACUGGAAGCCUCCACACCCUGUGGAAGCGCAGGCAGUCGUCACUCCAGGACAUUCAUCUUCGAUGCCAGAACUGACGCUGGUAGAUGGUAAGUCACCUCGGAAACCGCGAGGGGGCCGGACAGUGAGGUUCUGCGGAGAUGACAAUGAAGCAUUUGAGCCCGAUGAGCCCCCACGGAGGGAGAAGGUGCGGGAUGAAGACGCCAGUAGCUACUGCAGCACGUGUUCGUCGUCGUCAUCGUCAGCAGAGUCGUAUACGUUACCCACGCGGCGCGCGUACGGCGGCGUGCGGAUAUCAUACGUGCCCAACGACGCCGUCGCCUGCGCCAAGAGAGAACGACAAAGGAAGAACGCUCAACACGACAAGAACUGCAUCAUCUCGUGAUCCUGGCUCUACCUAGUGCCUCCCCCCUCCUUGUGAACCGACCUCCGAUAUAAAAGACUGACUUUUUGAUAGAUUUUUGUAGCCCCCACGCCAUAGUAAUGUUAGAUAGAGUACAACAAGUCUUCCUUAACUGCUUUGAUCUUGCCACGCGACGCGGCGGGCCUGCUGCCGAGUGUUGCUCGCGAAUAAUAGUAACCAGGUGCGCAUGCGCGCGGGACAGCAUGUCUGCGCCUGAUCAUGUUGUGACGUGCACAAUAAUAAUCGUUAUCUACAUAAAAGGCUUAAAUUGUCAAGGGUUUGGACAAAUUUGUGUUCGAACCAGUAAUUUGGGAUUAAUCGGUUUAAAAUGUGACGGUGUCUUUUAUAGGUAACACCUUUGUGGGUUUUAUUUGUAAUCGAUCGUUUGGUCUGGCAUUUACUGCACAAACUGCACGUUGGUUGUGAAUGGAGUGCAAGGUGUGCAGACUGAGUAAUGUAUAGUAGAGGGGCCUAAAGUUAAGUUGAUAUAACGAGCGACGUCAGCUUUAAAUUAUUUCUGAUUUAAUAUAUAACUAUGUGUAAACAUAUCGAAUGCUUUCUCUAGUUUAUUCUUGUUCAUGAAAUGAUUAAUUUAAGACAUAUCCCACUUUGCCACUUAGCUGUAGCUUGCUGUAAGUGUAACCUAAGCUAGGAGUAAGAGAUUAUUGUAAAAUACGAGUACAAAUAUACAAUAUGUUAUUUUGUAUAACUGUUUUAUAUUGUUGUGGAAUGUGUUCAGUGUAAAUAAAGCAAUGUAACGAGUUGUGAGGAUUUGUAUUCUUGUGUAGAUGCUGUGUGCUUGACCAGAUCAAUGGGAACUUUAAUGUAACUGAUGCAGUACCAGUCACUGUAUCACUACAAUACUAUGAUACUUUGUGAAAUUAUAAAUGGCUAAACGUAGUUCUUUACUCUUUCUAAAACAGCAACUUGAAUGUCAUUUGAUAAAUUAUCAGAGACAGUAACUUUCAAUGUCCUAUUUAAUCGAUAUGUAACCUUGUUUGUAUACUUGAUACUGACGUAACAAUACUUUCCUAGACAUAAUACUCAAUUCAAAGAGAAUGCUCAUGAAACUGCAUUUGUUCCAAAAAUGUGUAUUAUUAAAUGAAAAUAGGCGCUAGUUGUAAUGAAAAACCACAAAAUAUUGUACAAAUAUAUCGAAAUGUAACAAUAAAUUAAUUAUGUACGUACUUUUUUAAGUUAUUUGUAAUAAUAUGAGGAGAUGAAAUUAAAUGAU